AGCCAGAUUGGAGUUUUGUUUUGGAACCUCACAUCUCUCCCGAAUUCUCCAUGCAGUAAUGGCAGCACAAGUGGCUUGAAAACCAAAGACAUUUUUCGACUAGUUCUGCUCCGCAGGUUAGCUCUUCGACCCAGCAGCCAGCUAAUAUAUUGAAUAUCGGCAAGAUUCUUUUAGACCACCAUCGAAGGCUAUAAUGAUCCUCGAAUGGCAUUUUCGAAAUGAUCACUGAUAGGUAGGGUUUUAAGUUUCACCCGGCAUCUUAAUUUGGUCUUUGGCUUUCUUUUGCGUACGUUUAUACAAUAAAUUCGCGUCAACCUCAAGUGAAGGAAAAUUAGGGUACUUCGCGAAAACCUCGGGCAAUUACACAGGCAGCGUUGUGGUUUCCCGCUAAAAUCCAAUUCAGGAGACGAUCUUUAUUUCAACAUGAAGGCACUUAUUCUCGUUGGAGGUUUUGGAACACGGUUGAGGCCACUGACACUUAGCGUUCCAAAGCCACUGGUUGAGUUUGCUAACAAACCCAUGAUUUUGCAUCAGAUUGAAGCUCUCAAGGCUAUUGGAGUGACUGAAGUGGUUUUGGCCGUCAAUUAUCAACCAGAGGUGAUGCUAAACUUCUUGACGGACUUCGAGGCAAAACUGGGAAUCAAGAUUACCUGUUCGCAAGAGACUGAACCAUUAGGCACUGCAGGUCCCUUGGCUCUGGCCAGGGACAAGCUGGUUGAUGACUCUAGGGAACCAUUCUUCGUCCUCAAUAGUGAUGUUAUUAGUGAGUACCCACUCAAAGAAAUGAUUGAAUUCCACAAAGCUCAUGGAGGCGAGGCUUCAAUUAUGGUAACCAAGGUGGAAGAACCAUCAAAAUAUGGUGUUGUGGUAAUGGAAGAGACGACAGGCAAGGUUGAGAGGUUUCAAGAGAAGCCGAAAAUCUUUGUUGGUAACAAGAUUAAUGCUGGAAUUUACCUGUUGAACCCAUCGGUUCUUGAUAUGAUCCAGUUGAGGCCAACCUCUAUUGAGAAAGAAGUGUUUCCAAAAAUCGCAGCAGAGCAGAAUCUUUACGCAAUGGUUUUACCAGGCUUCUGGAUGGAUAUUGGGCAACCAAGAGAUUACAUAAAAGGCCUAUCGCUAUAUUUGGACUCUAUCCGCAACAAAUCUCCAUCCAAGUUAGCGUCAGGAUCCCAUAUAGUUGGAAAUGUUUUAAUCGAUGAAAGUGCUAUCAUUAAGGAUGGCUGUUUGAUAGGACCCGAUGUGGCGAUAGGACCAGGAUGUAUAGUGGAGUCAGGGGUGAGACUUUCUCGCUGUACCUUAAUGACAGAAGCCCGUGUUAAAAUGCACUCAUGUAUCUCAAGUAGCAUCAUUGGCUGGCACUCCACUGUUGGGCAGUGGGCUCGGGUUGAGAACAUGACCAUACUUGGAGAGGAUGUUCAUGUCUGUGAUGAAAUCUACAGCAAUGGAGGAGUUGUCCUGCCUCACAAAGAAAUCAAGUGUAGCAUAUUGCAUCCAGAAAUCGUUAUGUGAUGUUUAACCAGAGAUAUCAGACAACUUUGUUCGGGUUGUUAGAUUGUCCAGAGUCCUUCCCCGUCUUAUCGUGUGAGUUGUUACUUAUUAGUCUAUGUCUUAGUCUAUGUCUGAGCUAUGUCAUUUUUCCUUUUCUUUGUUUCUUUCUUCUAAAAAUAAAUCUUUUUAGUGUUUAAAUUCAAAACUCCGCCGUAUGGUAAGGUUCAGUUUUUAACUUUUUACGAAGUUGUUUUCCGGCCUGAAGUGUAAUUUAUGUUGUAUAGUUAUAAAAUAAUCCAGUGAAUGAUUUCCGCUUCUUCU